AUGCCGCAGGAAUCAUGCAACGACGUCACCACUGACAAGGGCCACAACGACCCGACCUCCGACACAGUCAGCGACAAUCUGGACCCUUCAAACACGUCCACAAUCUCGUUUCCCUCCUCGGAGGCCUCGAACCGAUCAGGUCCAGACGGCAAACGUUCGGGAGGUGAGCGAAUGAUCUUUCUAACUCCGGAGUCCUCGCCGCCAGAGAGCCUGUUCAGUCGGACCUUGAGUAAAUGGACAAUGUUGCAUGGUCUGAGCACGACGUCAUCUCAGCCGACCGAAGAUGACGCCCUCCGUUCACCCUCCUACGGUUCAGAGUCGACGAAAGGCGCCAAUACC